AUGACAUCGCCAUAUCCGCCGUCAACAUCAAUUUCGCCCUCCGACAUGGCCGCCGGGGCCAAAAAGCCGACCGACCUCCCGCAGGCUCAGAUAGACGCCAUUAUACGCACGAAGCGCAAAGCGCGCGAGCCUAAAGCAUGCUACCCGUGCCAUGCACGUAAGGUGAAAUGUGAUCGGAACUUGCCUUGCGACGGCUGUGUUAAGCGCGACCAUGCAGACCUCUGCUCUUACGAAAGACCUUCCAAGAAACGAGCCCAAGCCUUUGAGAGCCCCGCCGGCGCCUCAACGUCGUCUGCAGCAGAACCAACAGAAUACUACAGCUACGAUGAUAUACCAUCGCGCGUCAAACCUGAAAAUACACAUCCCGGUCCGGACCAUUUGGGGGUAGGCGGCAGAGUGUCUAUUGCGCGAGACGAAUGGGACAAUGUGCGCAGCCGGUUGAAAGAGAUGGAAACCACAAUCUCGUCGCUUCGUAUGGGACUCGAGCGGGCGGAAGAGAGCCCGGCUGUGGGCCCGGAUUCGGGGAGUGUGCAGAGCGCCGAGGGGGCCUCGCGUUCCAAGGGCAACUCUCCGGAGCGUGAAGGUAUUCACGCGGCGAACACGUUCGGCAAAGGCACUGUACACUUGGGGUCGCGCUCAGUUAUGGCGUAUAUCUUGAAUAACAAAUCUGGCUCUGACCAGCUGCAGGCUCUUUUGGAGGGUGGUAUAUUGCCUAAAUUGGGUCUCGAUAAUGAAUCCGCGACAUACCCGUUCGUGGACCUAUGGUCGUCCGAUAUGUCGAGUUUUGAUAUCAGCGCGGUCUGCAGUGCUUUACCGGCAGAUGGCCAGUGCAGACAGUUCUUUUACUACUACCGAGAUAUCUCCGGUGCAAUUUAUCCUGUAAUUGAAGACAUCACAAAAUUUGAAAACGACCUUGAGCUUUUACUCGCAAAACGUCUCGAGGCUGGGGGAGUCUAUCGAGAAGAUGGAGACCAAGCCCAAACGCCAUUUGGUACGAGUAUUGCAUACCUCGGUCUUCUCUAUGCCGUCUUAGCAUCGGGUUGUCAGUCGUCUGAUCUUGGGAGUAAAGAGCGAGAACUAACAUCCCAAGUAUAUGUGUGCUGCUCCUAUCAAUGUCUCCGCAUGACAAACUUCCUGUCGCAGCCAACAAUUGAAGCAAUACAAACGCUCUUGGUGAUCGGAAAUGUUCUUUCAUACAAUAUGAAUCCAGGAAUAUCUUACGUCCUGCUGGGCAUGACUCUUCGAAUGGGACUCGCGCUGGGACUGCAUGUAGAGUCGAGCCGAUUCUCAGUAGAAGAGCGGUAUCGAAGGCGGCACACAUGGUGGUCCAUGGCAUGGCAAGAUAGCCAUUUUUCACUCUCUUACGAUCGUCCUUCAACUACGGCAGUCAGCCAGCCAAAUAUUGCCUACCGAGAAGGCUCCCAGCCCGGUGACUUUUCAUAUUUCGAAACUCUGUGCAAAGUGAUUUCCCUUGCAUUGGAGGUUGUUCGUAUUCGCAUGCUUAGCCCGAAUGCCCAUAUUACUUUUUCAAGUUUCCAAGAGUACCAGGAGCGCAUUCGGCAGAUCAUGAUCGAAGCAAAGCCAUACCUGCGAGAUCCCCAGUAUUGCUCAUCCUCCACGGAGCAUCUAGAGCGGGUGGUGCUGAAGCUUCACUCAUCAUACUUUUGCUCUGAGCUUUGCCGUCCCUCUCUCAAACCGUCAGCGGGCCGCGCAGAUGCGAACACUGUCGCCAUGCGCAAAGAUUGUGUGUCGAAUCUGGUGACCACUGUGGAUGCCUACAUUGAAUUGCAUAACAUCAGCUAUCAUGCGGCACGGUCAUGGAUUGCGCUACAACGUGCAAUCAGUUCCGCAUUCCUGCUUGCUGUUGUCGAAGAGGCCAAGUCUGACUCCCAUGUUUUGACUGCAUUGCGGCGAUUAGAAGGCAUCAUUGCUCAACGCGCCAGUUCGGAGAGAGCUUAUGACAACGGCGAUGUCGCAACUAGCAACAUCACGUCUUCAGAUCAAGGCAUGGCUUCCUACGAUCCGGUUACAGGUGCGACCAACCCGCGGGGGCUGUCCCACCCACUAUCGAUGCUACCUCUUCUGCGGGACCUGGCGCCGAAUCUCAAACUCAAUGGGCCAAAUCUUUAG